CCCGUCACGUUCCCUUUCCAUUUCCAUUUCCCUUUGCCCAGUCCGUUUUGAAUCGGGUCUUCGUUACCGCAGACACGCUAUUCCCGAUUCGGUGGAUGGGUAAGGCCCCUCUACCUUAUCGCACUGGACUGCAGAUCAGCGAUCAUCGAAAUUAUCGGCGUGAAGAGGAGGCAAGAAGCAAGAAGCAACCCUCUCCUUCCUCAUUCCCCACCAGUGCCCAGGCUUGUUCAUCAGUCAAACCCACAGAUAUUCCAGCAAUCGACGAACGAAUUCGAACGAGAGCAAACAGCGAUAAAUAAUCCAUAAGCAAUGACAGAACCCCAACCCCACGAAGAGUUCCCCCCCAUCCGUAAGGGCGGAUCCCUCAUCCUCGCCUGGCAAAUACGCAACAAGAAAGUCUUGAUCGUAGGCGGAGGCAAUGUCGCCGCCGGCCGAAUCGUCAACGUCCUCGAAGCCGACGCCAAGGUGACCGUCAUCUCCCCCCGCUCCGGCCUCAUCCCCGAAGUCGCCUAUCGCGUCGAGGAGGGUCAGGUGGAGUAUGUCGAUCGCACGUUUAUCGAGGAUGACUUGGAAGGGGUGGAUAUGUGUCUCACGGCUAUUGAUGAUCCGGAGGCAUCAAGGGAAAUUUACAAGUUGUGCAAAGCGCGCCGCAUACCCGUCAAUGUUGCAGAUGUCCCCCCCGAAUGCGAUUUCUACUUCGGGAGUCAGCAUCGGGAUGGCGCGCUGCAGAUUAUGGUCUCCACCAACGGUAACGGCCCCAAACUCGCCAACCUCAUUCGCCGGAGGAUUGCAGAGGCGUUACCUGCCCGUACGGCUGAGGCAAUCGACAAAGUCGGUCAACUGCGCCGGAAAUUGCGGAGGAGGGCACCGAAUAUUGAGGAAGGUCCUAAGCGGAUGAGAUGGAUGAUUAAGGUGUGCGAUGAGUGGUCGUUCGAUGAGCUUGCGGAGUUGGAUGAGGAGACUAUGGAGAAGAUUCUGGAUGGGUAUGCGAGUGAGACGGUCCCGUCGUCUCCGAGUAGGACUUUCUUCAAAUGCGGAGCUCUUGGGAGGGAUGCUGUGUGGUAUACUGCGGUGACGGCUUCUUUCGUUGCUGGCGCAUUAUCCUCGUUUAUGUGGGCGAGACGCCGGUAAGUGGAGGGAUGUGCGAGGACGAGUCUGGGAUAGCGGGUACAGCACGAAUGAGUGGACGGGU